CACAAGUUUGAACUUUCCAAUCUUGGCUUGGCAUUUGAUUGACAACUUCAGCACUCGCAAUCCUACCAGUAUCAGUGCCGCAAGCCAGAAUGAAUAGUCUCGAAGAUUUUGAGAAAGCGCUAGCGGCCGAGAAAGCUGAGCGGGACCGCGCAGCCCGGGAGAAAGAAGACAAGCGCGAACGGAGACACAGGCACCAUCACCGCGAUCACGAUGCAGACAGACACAGCCACAGACACAGACACAAAGAUCGAGAAAGAGACGAGCAUAGGAGCCACGAUAGCGAUAGGGAACGGCGCUCGCAUCACCGAUCCAGAGAUGAUGAUUUAGAUGAGGACCGGCAUCGGCAUAAACGGUCGCGCCGUUCCCGGGAAGACGAGGAAGAGGCGCCUAGGGAUCGGCGCAGUCCUAGGAAUCGGUCCAGGGAUGGCUCGAGAGACCGUGUGGUUGGCAACCACGAGAGACGGCGAGGAAAGGACCCCAAGGACCUGAAGCAAUCGGACCCAAAGGAGGACCUUCCGUUGCCUGACGAAGAGAAGGCUCCGGACGAAACCGUCCCCCUCGUUCGAGAUUCGUGGAUGACGGCGCCAUCCGCUCUCGACGUAGACUACCUCCACAGGGGGACCAAGAGGAAGAGCCCUUCGCCUGUGAGAGAAGAAUCAAAAAGGGUGCUGCACAAGCGAGAGCUGAAUACAAGGCUGGCUGAGGUAGGAGACAGCGUUGAGGAACUGGCGCCAAUCAAGGCCCGGGAAGUGAACUACAAGUUCGGGGACGAGGGCUCCCAAUGGAGGAUGACUAAAUUGAAAGCGGUUUACACAAUUGCCGAGCAGACCGGUCGCUCGGUCGAUGAUGUUGCGGUGGAGAGAUUUGGCAGCUUACAAGACUUUGACGACGCAAGGGAGGAGAAGAUGGAACUAGACAGGCGGAAAGUAUACGGUGAGGGCUACGUCGGCAAGGAGAAGCCAACAGGCGAACUGUAUUCCGAGCGACUUUCCAAGACGCGGCCCGAACCAGCGCGCUCUCCGCCUCCACAACCCGAGCAGGGCUUGGUCAUCGAGGACAUGAUCCAACCAGCUCCCCCAAUGGACCAGUCCGCCCUCAACCGGAUGCGCGCUCAACUCAUGAAAGCGAAGCUGCGCAAUGCCCCUGAAGCCGACAAGCUCGAGAAGGAGUACAACGCCGCCAUGGCAGCCUUCAAGACCGGAGCCGCCUCGAGCAAUGCCAUUGUCCUCGACGCCUCCCACAAUCGCAUGCUAGCCGGCCCUCGAGGCGAAGUCAAAGCCGUGACCAACAAGCGGGGCCUCGAGCGUGGCCAAGUCGAAGCCAACGAAGACAUGUCCAUCGAGGACAUGGUGCGUGAGGAGCGGCGGACACGGGGACAAGCCGGCGGCGAGGGUCUCCGCUUAGCCGAGCGCAUCGCCAAAGACGCCAAGUUCGACAAUGACCUUGAGUACCUCGACGAAAACGCCGAGAAGCUCGCCCGGAGGGUGCACAAGAACGAAGCCUCGCUUAAAAACGUUGCCGUGGCCGAGUACAAGAAACUCAACCGCAUCCUGGACACGUGCCCGCUCUGCUACCACGAGGACCGGGCGCCGCCCCAGAACCAACCCCUCGCCCCCGUCAUCUCGCUCGGCACGCGCACCUACCUCUCCCUGCCCACAGCGCCGGAGCUGACGGGCGCCGAGGGCGGCGCCGUCAUCGUCCCGCUGUCCCACCGCACCAACCUGCUCGAGUGCGACGACGACGAGUGGGAGGAGAUGCGCAACUUCAUGAAGGCCCUGACGCGCCUGUACCACGAGCAGGGGCGCGAGAUUCUUUUCUAUGAGAACGCGGCCGCGGCGCACCGGCGUCGCCUGCACGCCGCUCUCGUCGCCGUCCCCAUUCCUUAUGAGUUGGGCGACACGGCCCCGGUCUUUUUUCGCGAGGCCAUGCUGUCGGCCGAUGAGGAGUGGUCCCAGCACAAGAAGAUCAUUGAUACCGCCAAGAAGGCCCGCGAGGGGCUGGGCAAGCUGGCGUUUCGUCGGAGUUUGGCGAAGGAGAUGCCCUACUUUCAUGUGUGGUUUAAUCUGGAUGGGGGGUUAGGCCACGUAGUGGAGGAUGAGGACCGGUGGCCAAAGGGGGAUUUGUUUGCGAGGGAGGUUAUUGGGGGCAUGCUGGAUACCGAGCCGGACGUGAUUAAGCGGCAGGGGAAGUGGACGAGGAAUGACGAGCGGGUGGACGGGUUCAAGAAGCGGUGGAGGAAGUUUGAUUGGACUAGGGUACUGACGGAGGGCGGGUGAAUGGAGGCCAGUGGGCGUGUCAGUGUUGGAGAGUUGUACAUAUCCGACGCCGUUGACCAAGCGUUAGCACCUCAGUUUCCGUUGUGAAAGGCAACUGCUGUAAUGAACACUUGGCCGGUUCUUUGAUACAUGAGGUGGGCGAUGGGCGGGGGUAUAUAGGCAUGUGUAAGGCGGCAGGUCUUCAACAGGAACCACUACACCUUCAACGGCGUUGUGGUGUAACGGUUCCAGCGCAGGCGUUGAGAAAAUCCCUGGACAGGCUCUGGUUGACGAAAGACUGUCCCGGACUUCUGCCCAGGCUCGAACGUCUGCUUCUCUUUUUGGGUUCGAUUCCUCGAUCAAUCACGCUUUUUUUCUGUUUACUCACGUACUUUACUUACACCGCCCACUCGCAUAUCGUUAUAGAGCCGCCCAAUCUUCAUUCUGGUCAACGACUAUCCUUCUUCUACGAUUAUCCCUCUUCGGCGUCCAUAUCAUCCCUGUUUGUCCCUGGC